AUGCCCAGGCAAUUUCAGCACCCCUUCCAAGAGUCUCAGUUUGACAUCUUCGAGUGGUACCCGACGUUUCAGUCCUGUCACAGAUUCUUCAUCGAGGAAGCUCAGCACACCAAUGCCGUGCAGGCCGUAGCAGCCUUGAUAAACAUCCAACUACCGUUUGAAAAGAUUCGCAAUGACGGCUCAUCCGCCACGCCGCGUGUUCCAUCCUCUUCGUCAGGGCCGGGACGCGGGAACGUAGCCCUCGUGCCCUUCAUCAGACGACUGGUUGCUACCGGGUUCGAUACGCCGCCCAUUCUACACGGCUUUUUCGGGGACGACUGGUCUGCGGGCAUAGGUCCUAUCCAUGAGCAGGAGCGGAGGAACUACCUGUUUGCCGCAAAGAGCGAAUCAUGGCUAAAAGUCAAGGCUGACUACGACAUGGAAAACGGGCAGUCCAUCCCCUUUCUCCGCCCGUUGCAAGGUGUCACAGAGAAGGAAAUCGUCAGUGCAGAAGCCAACUGGAGCGACUGGCUGGCAAUGCAGGACUGGAUGCUAGGGCCGAGAGCACCGCCGGGGGAGCAUGAGUCCCAUCCAUCAAGGGGUCCCGGAGACUGA